AUGAGCAGGUUCAAUCUAGACCGUUUUCGUUUUGACAAGAAGGCGGCGACGACACCAAACAAAGACCAGGAUAGCGGCUCCAAAAGUCCAGAAUCCGAGAAGGAGAACAAGCCAGCUCAGAUGAAACCUGUCAAAACCGCACCAAAGUCCCACACCCGAGGAGUAGUUUUUGAGGAGGUCAUCACUAUUGACUUGGAGGAGGAUAAGCUCUCUGACACAAAGCUCAAAAUAUCAUCAAACAAGACAACUAAGGGUGCAGCGUCGAAAUUAUCAAAUAAUGUGGACUCCCUUGAUACAGAUGAAGAGGAUGAUGAGCUGGAGAACAAAAUGAGUAGAUUACUGGAAAUGUUUCCUCAGUUGACAAGAACGCAGAUGCUGGAGGUCAUUGGGAGCACAAGCACAUUGGAUGGGGCUGUAGCUGCAUGUCUUUUACAGUUUGGUGAUAAAAAUGCCCCCGACCAGGGCAAGAAGAGAAAGCAGGAUGGAUCCAGCAGUUCUCAGGACAGUGGUGUAACUCAACCCAGCAAGAAGAGGAGGUCAUCAUCGGUUUCUGGAGAAGAAGAUGAUGAAGGCAAGGAACCGAGCUGGGAGAAGCAGGAAGCCAUGGUCAGGAGACUGCAGAAAAAGUUUCCAGACCAGGACAAGGAGGAGCUGCGGAUGGUGCUGCAAGAACACGACUGGAAUGUUGAGGACGCUCUGCAGGUUCUGCUCAUGUUCUCAGACCCUGAUAAUACCAGCUUCAGCUCACCUGAGACAGAAGAUAAGAAAUCCAGUAAAUCAAAGAACAAAGACAAAUCAAGCCAGGACCACAGAGAGUUGAAGCGCCACAAAGAUCAUGGAGACAAGAAUAAAAGGAGUGAUCGUAAGAACCGCAGAAAUAGUAGUGCAUCAGAGGAGAGUGCCGAUGAUACAGAUGCUACAAAGGACAGUGAGGACAGCGAUUCGGAGUCGGACGACAGCGGACGUUCCAAAAAGAAAAGCACCUCAUCUAAUAUGUCAACAUGGUUUACCAAACGUUCUAAUUCGGUAUCUUCCUCCUUGCCUGUCAAGAAAUCGACUACCUCCUCCUCCCUGAAGCCGUCCUCCUCUUCCUCUGCUGCUCAGAUGUUGUCCAGGUUUGCCAGUGGGACCAGUAUAGCUAAAAAGCAGGCAGCAGAGAGCAAGCAGAAGGCGCGUGCUUCAAAUGAACAUGUCAGUUCUGAGGGGGAAACUGAGGAUGAAGAGGACACAGUUAGCAGUGAGUUUGAGGACUCUGACAGUGAGCUGGACACUAAAGGUGGCAUGACAGACCUGAAGAAAGGGAUCAUCAACUUCUUCCAAAACGCAUCGAUAGAUGAGCUGUCACUGAUCGCCGGGUGCUCGGUUAAAAAGGCCCAGAAGAUUUCGGAACUGAGACCCUUUGAUAGCUGGCAAAGCCUGGUCAGUUGCUUCCAUAAGGAAAACGGACUGUCGGAGGACUUGCUGCUGGGCUGCAGAGUCGUUCUCAAAGAGCGGAAGGUUGUCCUGGGGCUCAUGUCAAAAUGUGAGACCAUUUCCUCUAAAAUGGUCAAACAGGUCACUGAGGUGAUGGAGAAGGGCACAGGGGCUAUGAAACAGCCCCGCAUACUCAACAGCCAGUACCAGCUAAAACCCUAUCAGCUGAUUGGUCUGAAGUGGCUGCUGCUUCUGCAUGAGCACAAACUGAGUGGUAUCCUCGCUGAUGAAAUGGGUUUGGGGAAAACCAUCCAGGCUAUAGCGUUUCUGUCCCAGCUUUACCAGAAUGGCAUAGAAGGUCCUCACCUCAUUACUGUGCCAUCCUCCACACUGGAUAACUGGGUCAGAGAGCUCAAGCUGUGGUCUCCAAGCCUCAAAGUUCUUGUCUAUUACGGAUCAAUAGAAGACCGUCGCUACCUCAGACACGACAUCCUCAAUCAGGAUGUUGAGUUCAACGUCAUUGUGACCACGUAUAACGUGGCCAUAGGCAACGAUAAUGAUCGCAGCCUGUUCCGUAAGCUGCGUCUGAAGUAUGCCGUGUUUGAUGAAGGUCACAUGCUGAAGAACAUGAACUCUCUGCGCUACCGCCACCUCAUGGCUAUUAACGCGGAGCAUCGCUUGCUGCUGACAGGAACUCCUUUACAGAACAACCUCUUAGAACUGAUGUCGCUCCUGAACUUCAUCAUGCCAUCUAUGUUCUCCAGCUCUACUUCGCAGCUCUCCAAAAUGUUUUCUAUGAAAUCACACGAGGAGCAGAGCAGCUUUGAGAGGGAGCGUAUUUCUCAGGCAAAACUCAUCAUGAAGCCUUUUAUCCUACGAAGGGUCAAGAACGAGGUCCUCAAGCAACUUCCAGCCAAGGAGGAGAAGGUAGAGUCUUGCUCGAUGAGUGAGAAACAGCAGGUUCUCUACAAGACCCUCUUUCAAAAGCUCAAGGCUACCACCAGUGGAGAGAAGCGCGAGUUGUGCAAUGUGAUGAUGCAGUUGAGGAAGAUGGCCAACCACCCUCUGCUUCAUCGACAGUACUACACCACGGAAAAGCUCAAAGCCAUGAGCAAACUCAUGCUCAAGGAGCCUACUCACUUUGAUGCAGACGCUGCUCUGAUCCAGGAGGACAUGGAAGUGAUGUCAGACUUUGAGCUGCAUCGUUUAUGCCAGCAGUACUCCUCCAUCGGCACCUACCAGCUUGAAACCAGUCUCCUGCUUGACUCUGGGAAAUUUCACCACCUCACAGAGCUGCUGGCCUCACUUAAAAACAAAGGAGACCGAGUGGUAUUAUUCAGUCAGUUCACCAUGAUGCUGGACAUUGUGGAAGUGCUGCUGAGACAUCUUAAGCAUCGUUACGUCAGACUGGAUGGAUCCACUCCCAUAGCUGACAGGAUUGUGUUGAUUGAUGAGUUCAACACCGAUCCUGACAUAUUCGUGUUCCUGUUGUCAACGCGUGCCGGUGGCCUGGGCAUCAACCUCACCUCAGCUAAUGUCGUCAUUCUUCAUGACAUCGACUGCAAUCCCUACAAUGACAAACAGGCAGAAGACAGAUGUCAUCGUGUGGGCCAGACUAAGACUGUACAGGUGAUUAAGCUGAUCAGUAAGGACAGCAUAGAGGACUGUAUGCUGCAGCUGGGCCAGAAGAAACUAAAGCUGGAGCAGGAUAUGACCACUGCUGAGCAGGGUGAUGAGGGGACCAUACCUGAAGAUAUGGCAUCUUUGCUCAAAGCCUCACUGGGACUGUGAUACAAAAACACAUGAAACUGGUGACAAUAGAAAACCCCUGACUGAUGGUAUUCCUGUGAUUCUGGGCAGACUUGAGUGUUCUGACUGAACACAUGCAACUACUGAUAACCAUAUGCUGCCAUGGGAAAAAAAACAAAAAACUUCUGAUGUUGAGAUCUGAUUAACUGUGUAGAAUGGUAGCUGUGCCUAAAACACUAUUUUUACAGUUUAUGCUCAUACUUUGAUUACGAGACUAGUAACAUAGAGGCAAUACGACAAAAAAUGCCUUUAAAUAUUAUGCACUCCUACCUGUGAUGUGAGUCUCAAGCUGUAGAAACUUGAAACAAAGUGGUGUUUAAAAGUUCAGACCAAACCGUCAGGAAUGCAGCGUGAGUGCACCAUCGAGCGCGUCGACUGAAAAAAGUAUCACCUUUUGAGUUGGUUUAAUCCACACAGUGUUACAUUAUUCAAAUAAAAGUACCGUAUGCUGGUCAGGAAAUAUUAUGCUUACAGGCUGUCUUAAACAGAUGAAAUAUUUCAAGUUCAAGUAAGGAUGUUAUGCUUACAUGUCUGAAGAGGCGUUGCAUGGAAAUUGGAAGAUUCUUUACCAUCCUUCAUACACACGUUUGCAUCUUGUCACUUUUUUUUAUAUAAAGAAGAAAGUUUACAUUACAGAACGUUUAAAAAGUCGCAGGUAAGGCAACUGUACUGGAAAUGUUGAUAUUCCCAUGAAUCUCCUCGGCGACCAAUUCCCAUAAAGCAUUUUACACAGCUGAGGUUACAUGAAAAAGUAUCUGGAAAAUUGUAUUCUAUGUCACUGUAAAUGUAGUGUGUUGAGUUUCAUCCUGAGGUCAUAUUUUAAGUUACUUGUUCAGCCAAGGCAGACUGUUUGACCUUUAGAAGAUACAUGGUUGUGUGGGUGUAGUCAAUGCAUUUAACACACAGAUAUUCCAGAUUUUCUAGUGUGUUUAACUAGAAAAUCAAAAUAUGAAAACAGAACGUCUUUUAUGAAUGUGGUGCUUGAAUUGGUUUCUUCUACGCCUUUAAAUAUCUUAAGCCAAGUGACACAGUGAAGAUGACUGGAAGAAGUAGCUGCUGCAUUUAUGUACUGUAAAAGUGGCUAGUGUGUUGUGAGUGUACAAGUGUUAAUGUAAAAGCUUUUAUGAGGUCAUUUGUAUGUUUUUAAGGUUCCUGUUUGAACUGAAUAAUAAAAAUUUGAAUAACUG